GCAGCUAUGCAGCUUUUCAUCCUGGGCCCAGCAUUUGGCCUCCCAUCGAUCGAUGCCGAGUGCAAUGCUGCUGUGGCACUCUUACAACUGCAUGGCAAGAACGAAUACGAGCUCGUGCCAGCACACGAGCAGAGAGAGCGUCUGCCCUACCUGAUCGAUGGAGAGCAACGAAUCCAUGGCUUCAGCAACAUCGCUCGUCACCUGAACGAUCAGCACGACCCACUGACCUCUCGGCAACGUGCCGACUCCGUCGCGGUCACAUCCUUCCUCGAGUCGAACGCACAUAUACUUCUGGACAUCUCACUAUACGUCGGAUUCGAGAACUACCGUCUCACCACACGUCCUGCUUUCACGAAGAUCCUGCCAUGGCACGCGAACUACAUCAUACCUCCGCAAAGACGUGCAGCGGCGCGAUCUCGAACCGAGCAUCUCGGCAUCUCGAGCAUCGAUGUUGACAAUGUGCACGAAGACAUGAGCAAUCGCCCGCCGGGUUACGAAGCUGUAGGCAAAGAGGAAGGUUUCGAGAAGGAAGCCCAGGCAAGAGCAAGUCUUCUGCUACCGAAGAAAAACACUCUCAAGAGCUUGCUGCAGACUCCAGAGCGGGCUUCAAUUUUCAAGCUCCAGGCUUUGGCGGACAACUUCUUCGGGCCACUCGCCGAUGUCCUGGGUGAGAAGGAGUACUUGCUUGGAACUGAGGAAGGCACGUCGGUCGAUUGCCUGCUGUACGGAUUCCUAGCUCUCAUGCUGUUUCCAAAGGUUCCGCAAGACUGGUUGGCACAGACCAUGCGGCAGAGAUAUGGAAAGCUCGCAGCUUUUGUGGAGCGGGUUCAUACGACAUUGGGAUUGACGACAGAUACCGAGGAGGUGGUCAAGUUGCUCCAAAAUAGAAGCAAGGCCGAAAGUUUGUCGCAACGCGAGGCGUCAAAGUCAUCCCUUCCAUGGACAAUUGAGCCACAAAUGAACAUUGCGGAGACUUUUAAGAGCAUCGGCUAUGCAUUGAUCGAGCAGAUCCCGUUCAUCGGCUCACCAAACUCAUUGCAAUUGAUGAGCACGCACAAAGCUUCAACGCUAUCAAGGCAUAUGCGGGCGGUGGUACUUUCAGCGACGGCAUCUAUUGCUCUCUCUGGCUAUAUCGCUCUUCACACGGGCUUGCUGGUCUGGCCGCACGGCGAAGAGAUCCACAUUUUCGGUCGAAAGCGCUUCUCGGAUCUCGGCCAUCUUGGAGCCGCACUGGCUGCACCGUCGAUACCGGCUCCGAAGAAGCGCAAGAGGCCUACGAAGAAGAAGGACGAUCCGAUUAAGGCGGCGAGGAAGGCGUUCGAGGAGCUUGUCGGUAACGAGGUUGCUACUAGCGAGCUAGCAGAGACCGCGGAUAGUCUUAGUGAUGCGGCGGUAGUGGACGUGUCGUCGGACGAUAAGGAUAAGGAUAAGGACGAGGAGCUAGCGACGGACUGUAACCUCGAUAAGUUGUCGGAGACUAAGCAGCAGUUCGUGUUAGCGAAGCGGCAUAAGAAGGCUUACAAGGCUGCGAAGGAGGCUGCUGUUAUAAACAAGAAGGCGAAGAAGCGUAUGCACCGCGCGGUGGAUCCUAAGGAGCGUCUGCAUAAGAAGACAAUUAGUGCUAGAAUAAAGCCGUUCGCUAAGAGCCUUACCGCCCUUACGAGAAACGAGGAGUUCCUAAAGGAGGUAGCGUUCGAGGAGAAGUGCGAGGUGUUGUCGGAUCUGUGCAGAGUAGAUUACAUAGCUAAUAUCGCCGCUGGAAUGCUCUCAAAACCGGCUUAA